AAGAAGAAAGAAGAACAGAAAGCUAUUUUCUCCUCAAAAGCCCCUUUUGUUCUUGCUGCUCCAAUUACACAGAGCUUCAUUAACCAUCUUUCUUUAAAAAUCCCCUCCCUUCAAAAUUUCGCGAAGUUAUUGUUCAUCGCUGCAUUCUACCCAAAUGGCAAUGGACUUAGGGAGCAGAUUUAUUAACCCUACAGCUAAAAGGUUACAGCCCUGUAGCCCCCGAGAUUUAUUUUCAAAGGGAACAAAAAAGAUAAAAUUUGAUGAAAGUGGAAGCCAGAGUAGCCCUACUGUUGCAUAUAGCUGGCGGGAAGAAUGCGAACACGAAAAAGGAAAGGUGUCAUCAGGAGUUUUUGGCCGCUCUGAUCCGUUUGCGAUUCCGGACUUGCUUGAAGCGUUAGAUUCUGGGAAGUUUGGAAGUGUCACCAGAGAGAUUGAGGACCUUAUUAAGCGGCGAAUGAAGUUAGUGAACUCUUGUUUUGCAAGUGAUCAUUCACUUCCCAACAAAGUCUUGGAAUUAGAAAGGAACUUUGAGAAAGGGGAGUUCAAAGGAAAUCAGCCUGCGCCCGAUGUAAUUGACUUGGAGGACGAGCAGGAAGCUAAAGGCGUUGCUUCAGCAGCAAUGGUUCCCUCUACAUGUUUUGGACCUUCAGCUGGGCCUGUUGUUAUUAUUGAUUCAGAUGAUGAAGACACUCAAAAAGACUUCAUCUCUCCAUCUCAGGGGAUGAUUCACACUCAGAAGAGUUCUAUUUCUCCAUUUCAGGGGAUCCCCUUACAGAAUGCUUUUAUUGACUUUCAAGUUAAGGAUUUUGUGGGGCAGGGGAGGGAUUCUGCUGAAAAACAGACUUUGAUAGAAGCUGUAAGCCUCGGUGGGGAAGCUGAAAUAAAGAAAGAUAAAGGUGUUUAUGUUGGUGUACAAGAUGAUGAUGAGAUUGAUGAUGGCGCUGAGCAGCCCGAUGAAGGUUUGAAUGAUAUAUGGAAUGAGAUGUCGUUUGCUCUCGAAUGCUCAAAGGAUGUUGCUGCUGAACCUUCACCGAAUGAACAUACAGUUGAAGAGGAAGACGAGUGUGAUCAUUCCUUCAUCUUGAAAGAUGAUAUUGGUUAUGUCUGUCGUAUAUGCGGAGUCAUUCAGAGAAGCAUUGAUACCAUCAUUGAAUUCCAGUAUUCAAAGGCCUCCAAGAGUAUAAGAACGUACCACUAUGAAGGUCGGUCAGCCAAGGAUACAGGGCAUGCUGAACUCCUUCCUGAGGGCAUCAUUUCAUCUGAUGACAUUGAUACGACUGAAAUUUGUGUUCAUCCAAGACACAAGAAACUGAUGAAAGCUCACCAAGUUGAGGGAUUUAAUUUUCUUGUUAGCAACUUGUUGAAAGAUAAAGGAGGCUGUAUCAUGGCUCACGCCCCUGGAUCUGGCAAGACUUUCAUGAUAAUCAGCUUCCUACAGAGUUUUAUGGCCAAUAAUGAUAGAGCUAGGCCUUUGGUGGUGUUACCUAGAGGAAUCUUGGCUACAUGGAAGAAAGAGUUCUUGAGGUGGCAGGUAGAUGAAAUUCCCCUCUAUGACUUCUACUCAGUAAAAGCAGAUAAUAGAUCUCAACAAUUGGAAGUUCUGAAGCAAUGGUCGCAGGAAAGAAGUAUUCUUUUUCUAGGCUAUAAGCAGUUCUCAACAAUCGUGUGCGACAAUGUUGGUAGUACGACUGCAGCUGCUUGUCAGGAGAUUCUGUUGAAGUGCCCAUCAAUUCUCAUUCUUGAUGAAGGGCACACUCCGCGGAACCAAGACACUGAUGUUUUGACUUCACUCGAGAAGGUCCAGACACGACUAAAGGUGGUGCUUUCUGGCACCCUCUACCAAAACCAUGUUAAAGAGGUCUUUAACAUUCUGAACCUUGUGCGGCCAAAAUUUCUCAAGUUGGAAGAUUCCAGAAACAUCAAAAGGACAAUACUGAGCAAAGUGGCCAGCUCAGGCAGAAAGAACCUCUUGAAGAAAAGUAAUGAUAAUGAUUUUUAUGAGUUAGUAGAGCAUACAUUGUUAAAGGAUGACAAUUUCUCAAGGAAGAGUUCUGUCAUACUAGGUCUGCGGGAUAUGACCAAGAAAGUGCUUCACUAUUACAAGGGAGACUUCCUCGAAGAACUUCCAGGAUUGGUGGAUUACACUGUCCUUCUAAACCUCCAUCCUAAGCAGAAAAGUGAAGUUGCAGAGCUGAAGAAACUGGGAAGAAAGUUCAAAAUCAGUUCUGAAGGAAGUGCAAUGUAUGUGCACCCACAAUUGAAGAGCCUUUCAAGAAACUUUUCUGUUAAAGAAAGAGUUGAUGAAGAGAAGAUUGAUAUGCUCUUAGAGAAUUUGGAAGUGAGGGAAGGAGUGAAGGCCAAAUUCUACCUUAACCUGCUGCAGCUGUGUGAAUCAAAAGGUGAAAAACUGCUAGUGUUUAGCCAGUACCUCUUGCCUUUGAAAUUCUUGGAGAGGUUGACUGUUAGGACUAAGGGUUACAGUCUGGGGAAGGAAAUAUUUCUGAUCACUGGUGAUUCAGACUCGGAAACCAGGGAGUCAUCAAUGGAACGGUUUAACACUUCAGCAGAUGCUCGUGUUUUCUUUGGUUCAAUUAAGGCAUGUGGUGAAGGAAUAUCACUUGUUGGGGCAUCUCGGAUUAUCAUAUUGGAUGUACAUCUCAACCCGUCAGUAACCCGUCAAGCAAUAGGGCGUGCAUUCCGACCAGGUCAGGUCAGGAAAGUAUACACUUACAGAUUGAUAGCCUCAGGUUCACCUGAGGAGGAAGAUCAUCAAACUUGUUUUAAAAAGGAGUCUAUUGCAAAGUUGUGGUUUGAGUGGAGUGAGUAUUAUGCCCAGCCUGAUUUUGAGAUGGAGACUGUCAAUAUUGAAAACUGUGAUGAUAUGUUUUUGGAAUCACCACGUCUUAAUGAGGAUGUGGUGGCUCUGUACAAAAGGUAGACUGAUUGAGAAGUAUCAAACAGCUCAAGUGCAGAUGUGGUCAUCUAACAAAUGGUUGAUCCAUUAUGCCAAUGAAAGCUUAGGGUCUGACAGGAAAUGCUGUGUUAUUUGCAGACUGCAUAUUAUCUGGCAAUUAUUUUUGUCCAGAACAUGUCAAUGUUCAAACUGAUUGUAAAUAUUUUUCCAUGUCCAAGACUUCUUGUUGUGUAAAUCUCUUCAUUGUGCAUCCUCUUUAAUGUUAUCCUGUAGAAGAUGUUAGAGAUAGAGAUCUGAAAGGAAAUUCGUAGACCUCACUUCCACCGAGGUUACUGUGCUA